CGCUUGCUGAGACCCUGUUGAAGAGCACACUAGCGUCGACUCAACUGUGCCGGAGGAGGGGAGCGCAAAGAGUUCAUGGGCCUCCUUCUAAAUGUGAGGCCCAUUUAGAGCUCGGCCCACAACGGGAUAGGCCUGACGCUUAUCCGUAGGUCCGUCAGCCAUUCGCGAAACGGGUCGUAGCCCCUAGGCCCUGGGGAAGUGCGAGAAAAGGAGAUGCGCUGCGCACGGCCGCAAGACGAGUUAAGCCCGUUACUAGCUCUAUGCUCGGCGACCAUGGGCUCCGCACGGCACCGUCGACGGCUUCAGCUUCAGCUACUCCGCCUGCAUGCAUGGAGGAGGAAGCGGAGACGGAGGCGGAGAUGGAGACGCUCGUCUCCCAGCACCGGUCCCUCCUCCGCUCGUGCUCCCGCGGCCAGUCUCCUCCCUCCCUCGGCCAGAAGCUUCACGGCGCGCUCCUCAAGUCGGGGCUCCGCCUCCUCACCCCGGUCUCCUCCGCCCUCUUCCACAUGUACGCCGCCGUGGGAUCCCCUUCCUCCGCCAUCCGCUCCUUCCGCGAGCUCGCCCUCGCCUCCCGCUCCCCGGUCGACUGGACCGCUCUCAUCUCCUCCCUCGCCCGCCGCCACUCCCUCCCCGCAGCCGCGCUCCGCCUCUUCCGCUCCAUGCGCCGCUCUGCCGUCCCCCCCGACGCCGUCACCCUCCUCGCCCUCCUCUCCGCCGCCUCCCGGCUCGCCGACCCGGCCGCCGGCGCCGGCGCCCAUCUCCUCUUCCUGAAGCUCGGAGUCCCCUUCCGGGCCCCCGCCCGCAACGCCGCUAUGGAUAUGUACGCCAAGUGCGGCAGGAUGGGCGAGGCGCGGCGCCUCUUCGACGAAAUGCGGGAACCAACCGUGGUCUCUUGGACCGUCCUCCUCGGCGGCGCGCUCAGGUGGGAGGGGCUCGACAGCGGGCGCGAGAUGUUCGACCGAAUGCCUCAGAAGAACGAGGUCUCCUGGACGGUCAUGAGCGCUGCCUGCGUCGAAGCUGGGCUUCCUAGAGAGGCCUUAUCCCUUCUCGCUCGGAUGCUCUUCGGCGACCCACCUGUAAGGAACCUUAACCACAUUAGUUUGUGCUCUCUCCUUUCCGCGUGCUCCCAAGCUGGUGAUCUAACUCUCGGCCGCUGGAUUCAUACCCACGUCACAAAAACAGGCUUUUCCGACGAACACCUUCUCCUCAUGGUGGGCACAGCUCUUAUAGACAUGUACGGAAAGUGCGGGAGCAUCAAUGCUGCGCGCAGGUUGUUCGACGCAUUGCCCCAAAGAAACGUGGUUGCUUGGAAUGCAUUGCUCAGCGUGCUGUCGAUGCACGGGUUGGGUGCUCAGGUGUUACAGCUGUUCUCCGUGAUGACUGCAGAGGAACCUCGCCUGCAGCCGGAUGACAUCACCUUCGUCAGCGUACUCAGCGCGUGCGGCCGCUCGGGUCUCGUGGACCAGGGUCGGAAGCUCUUUCAAGACUUGGUCCGGAUCUACGGUUUGACGCCAAAGGUCGAGCACUAUGCAUGCAUGGUGGAUCUGUUGGGCCGGGCUGGUCAUUUGGACGAGGCAGAGAUGCUGGUGAGGAACAUGCCCUUCCGCCCCAACGAGGUGGUGCUGGGUUCUCUCCUCGCCUCAUGCAGUCUUCGCGGUAAGCUAGAACUCGGCAAGCAGCUGAUGCAGGAGCUGGUUGCGAUGGACCCACAUAACACCGAGUACCACGUUCUGCUCUCCAACUUGUACACUUCAUGGGGGAUGCGUAAUGAAGCCGACGGCCUUCGAGAGGCAAUGAAGAAGAGAGGCAUCCGGAAGAAUCCCGGGAUCAGUUAUAUUGAGAUUGACGGCCAUGUGCACAAUUUCACCGCAGGGGACAAAUCCCACCCGCGAACUAGAGAAGUGUACGCAAUGUUGGACGAGGUGAUUCAAAGGCUGCGGCACAGAGGUUACGUGCCAGAUGCUGCUGCCCAGGUUUCUCCUAUCAGUGACGGAAAUUGGGAUGUGCGAGAAGAGCGAGAGCAGGCACUGUUGGUCCACAGUGAGAGGCUGGCUAUAUGUUUGGGCCUGAUCAACACGAGAGCUGGUGCAACACUGCGUGUCUUUAAGAACCUUCGCAUCUGUUUGGAUUGUCAUGCUGCGAUAAAGCUUAUCUCCGAUAUCUAUGAGAGGGAGAUCAUCGUCAGAGAUCGGAACCGCUUCCAUUGCUUCAAACAAGGAACAUGUUCGUGUUCUGAUUAUUGGUAGAUGGAAAUAGAGAUCGACGUACCCAACUGUGCACACUGCAGAGGGCUGUUACCCAACGAUACUUCUGUAAACAAGACAAGGCAGAUGUAGGUGGUGCACAGAUAUUAGAGUUCACUGGGUGCAACGAAUAAUUGCUUCCUCGACUGGUCAGCGGGGUGGAGAGUUGAUGAAUGAACACCAAGUUUUUAGUCCCACAUCGCUCCUUUCAACGGCCAGCACUCACGUCGCAAUAGUUUAUAAGAGAGCUGUGAGGCGAAUGAGAAAUGGCACGCAGCUGCGUGGUGGGCACAGAGCGAACUAUUCUUUCGCCUUUUACUAAAGAAUACCGUGUGCCCGCCACUCAAAGCAGCAUACGCCUAUUUUUGGAGGGCCCUUACCUGUAAGGGUGGGG